CGACGUGCACGCACGCACGCACGCGUUCGUUGGAGAGGAAACGUCGUGGCACUCACGCUCCAUUUCGGAAGGCGGCGGUAAUGAAUUUGGAAUUUGCUGGCCAACCGCCGUGAAACAGACAAAGAAGAAGAGUCUUUGCGCAUGCGCGUGUUGCUCUGCUGCCAUGGCAACAGCGGCGUUUUGUUGCGCUCGAUGUUAGCCCUCAGGACCGGGCCCGGCCGGGGCGGACUUGUCGCCUUCAUUCUUGCUCGUUGUUUCUUUUCGUCCGCCCCCCCCGACGCGUCGAAGAACCACUCACUUGUCGUUGCCCAGGUGCCCGCCGUCUCGUUCUCUUCCCGCCCGGAAACGUCAUGUCGCUCACGGCGACCAGUCAGUUGUUUGAGGACAGUUACCUGGCGACCAAUCACUCGUUUCCCCGUCAUUUGUCAGAGUGAAUACAGGAGGAGUUACGGACGUUCUCGGAGCGUUUCUCCUCAGCCAGGCGACGCAUUGGCCCAUGGCAAAGCCGGGAGCAGGGAAGGGCGGCUCGGUGACGAGAGGAGAUGCGCUCCUGCCGCCGGCGCACGGGCCAACAGCGCGUCCGUCGUCACAGCGCGAAACAAGGAAAACAACCGCAAAGGUACGCCGGGUUCCGCCGGCUCAGAUCCUCCGCUGCGUCAAAGACCCCAACCGGUGGCGGGACGCGCACAUUCCCGCGCCGAGAAAGCAGAGCGCCUCCACGAGUCGGCGAGCGGCAUCGCCGACGACGCUGCUUCUCCCCUGCUGACGGCACAACAGAUGCUGCGCCCCUGCGGAAGAGAGGCCUCCUCCUUUCGAUGGCGGCCCGUUGCCAUGGAAACAAAAGCACAAGUGACGGAACCGCAGAGCCGUCCCCUCUCCUCGGAAAGCGAGUACCGCCGCAACUUCCGAGGUGCGUCUCCGCCUCGUGGCCCCCCCCGCCUGCGCAAGCAUCUGGAAAGCCGGCAGAGAGUUCCGCUCUCCGACACGCGCGGCAGUCAGAGGAUGAGAAAGGAGUCGGAAAUGAUGCCCCACCCACAGCAUGCUGGCCCCGCCAGCCAAAGCGAAGCCACAGCCCCGCCGCAGCUUCAGCGACAACACAGGAACCUGCUGACGGAAUAUGAAGCCAACUUUCCUUUUCCCCAAUGUGGAGACACAGGCGAGAGCCCUCAGGUGAUGCUGUUGAGGGAGAAGGCCCGGUGGUACCGGCGGCGGGCGUGGGGGACCAACUUCUCCCGGCAGCACCUGAGCCAGCUCAAGUCCCAGCACAACAUUUUGUGGGAGCCCGACGGCGGCGGCGGCGGGGCCCGCCGGCCCGCCUCGGUGCCCCGCGCUGAGGCUCAGGACUCGGCCAGCCGCCCCCGUGAAGACGGCGAGGACGACAAAGGUGCGGGCCGCUUUCCCACUCCCGAGAAGUACGGCGGGCCGCUUCACAGAAGUCAUCUUGAUCUGACCACACCCACCUGCGCAGGGGGCGGCAUGCUGGUGGGCAGGGCCACUUCACGAGACGCUUUUCAGAGGCGCGGCGAUCCGCACGCCGAGCUUCCUCCGGAAGGGCCCGCGGCGUCCCGGCCGAGCUCGGCCCCGCCCCCGACGCGCGUCAUCCGGGGCCUGCUGAGACACGCCGAAUUCCAACACAACGGUGAGCUGGGUCUGAGGUUCCGCUCGUACGCCGCCGGCCCCUUGUGUCCCGACCGAGACGUCGCGUGGAGCCGCUCGCUGGCGGCGGCCGUGCUGGAGCGAGCGCGGAGCAGGCCGCGCCAAUUCUGGGGGAGGAGCUGAGGCGCCGCCGCCGCUGCCGCCGCUGCCGCCGCCACGGAUGGACCGCUAACUCCACCUUCUUCCCAUCGGUUCAUUUCAGUCUCCUCCGUCGCUCUUCACUCUUGUACGACUUUUGUAUCCUUUCUAGAGUUCUUAUUUCCUUCAUUCUUCUGACACACACGAUUGAUGUGAUUGGUUCUUUCAUUGUCACGGAUUGCUCUUCUCGUUCGCGGCGCCCUUGGAAACUUCUCGUUUCCUCUCGGAACCUUUUAUCGGGCGAUGAAGUGUCGGUCCCGCGACGAGGCCUCCCUCCCGCUGAUCAAAUAUUGUCCGUCUGCGGGCGUCACUUCCGCUCAAAUUCAAAUUCCCGCUUCUAGGUACAACGGUUUACCAUAAACGUGUCUUUUGUGACGUCGCCGUUGUUGUUUUAAUGUCAUUAGUUGCCAGUGACGUGUGGCAAUAAAUAUGCUUGGCAAACAUGGUGAUGACUCUGAGCUCCCGCACUCGUGCGCCAUGCUCGUUCAGCAUGCGUAUGGGCACUCUUGCAUAUACUCCACACCCUCUCAUUCACUUUCUCUCCCUCCCUCCCUCCCUCCCUCCCUCCCUCCCUCCCUCCCAGGAAACAAAGAAGUGCUCCAGUCACUAGUCCAGAUGGUUAAUAAACACAGUUUCUCAUCACA